AAAUCAGUAUUAUCAAACUCAUAUAUUUUAGUUAAGGACAACAUAGUUUUAUUUGAUGUAAGACAAAAUGAAAACAAUUCAAGUGAAUUAGAAUUAGACACUAUUUCACCUAAUAAUUCAUUUAAUAAUACAAAUUUAUUAAAUGAAACAAUAAAUAAUUUCGAUUCUCAUGAAUUCCAAAAGGAAUAUCAUAAUUAUAUGAUUAAAUUGAGUAGAAAUGAUAAUAUAGAUAAAAUAGAAAAAGAGAUCAUUAAAUAUUUUACGCAUUUUAUUAUAAAAUUGCGUUCUCUUACUCAAAAAUUACAAAUAUAUGUAGAAAUUGAACGUCCUGUAAUGAUUAAACAAACUUAUUAUUUUUAUGAGAUACUUAAAGAUACACAAUCAGCUAUUAAUAGGUCUCAAGAUAUAAUCUCAAAGAAGCAAGUAAUUUCUGAUUUGUAUAAUCAACAUAAAGAAGAACAAAUAAAGUAUAAUUCUUACAUUAAAGAGCUUCCUAGUGAUUUAUUACAUAUACAAAAUAAGAUAAAUGAAUUUAUUGAAGAGAUUUUAUAUCAGUUAUUAAAUGAAAUUUUAUAUACGGAAAAAAAAAAUAUAUGUGAUGAAAAAAUUAAUCGAGCAAUUGAAACAUAUUUAAAAUCGUGUAUUAAUAAAAUAAGUACAAUUCUUCAAGGUGCUGGAGAUCGACAUAUACAAAUAAUUGAAAGAAUAGGAGAACAACAAAAAGAAUUAAGAAGGAAAGAUGUAGAAAUAGCUCAAUUAAAAAAAGAAAUGGCUCAACAAAGAGGAGAAGGUGAUUGCUUAAAAGAAGAAAAAUUUGAAAAUAAUAUUAAAGAAGAGUUAUCAAAAAUGACUAUAGAUCUUAAUAAAAAAGAUGAUCUUAUAUUGAAAUUAGAAGGGCAACUUGAAAUAUUUAAAAAUGAAUUGUCCAUAUAUGAUAAAGAUUGUAAUACAUUAAAAAAAGAAAACAAAAAUCUAGAAAAUAUAAAAAAUAGAUUAUCAAAAGAAUGUCAACAAAGCAAGAAACAAUUAAUAAUGAAAAACAAACAAAUUAAAAAUUUAUCACAGAAAGUUCAUGAAUUCCUUGAAACCAAAAAUUUAAAUACAGUUUUGGAAAAUAAAAUUAAAGAAAUAGAAAAAAAAUUGAUUGAUUUACAAUUUGAAAAUAAUGAAUUAAAAAAAAAUAAUAUUCAAAAUAAUAUGAUUAUUUCUACAAAGGAUAAAACUAUAAUUAGUUUGAAAAGUAAUAUUGAUAAAACUGAUAAUAUUUUAUCACAAAAAGUUGCUGAAUAUGAAAAUGCAAUGGAAGGAAAGCAUUGUGAAAUUUUGAAGUUGGAAAAUGAAAAUAAGUUAUUAAAUGAAAAAGUAAAAGAUAUGGAACAUAAACUUAUAGAAAUGAAUCUAACAAUUAUAUCCUUAACUGAACAAAAUGAUAAAAUUAAUAUUAUAUAUACAAUGCAAGAGAAUCUAACGAAAUUGGAUAAAAAUGAAAAGAAAUUAAAAAUUGAACUCAAUAACUUAAGAAGUCAACUUAUAAGUGAUCAAAAUAAUAAUAAAAAACUUGACAUUAGCUUAGAUGCAUUUCUACGUGAAAAUGAAAUCUUGAAAAAAGAUGUGGAAUAUUGGAAAAAUGAAAUCUCUGAAUUAUCGAUUAGAUUACGCAACGAAAUGAUAGAAGAAAAUUUAAAAAACAAAUUAUAUGCUCUUUCUAAUAAAAUAUAUGAAAGAUUAUUAAAUCUUAAAAAGCUACCUAACUUAGAAGAAUCAUCAAAUAUUAAAAAUUUGCAAGAUAAAUAUAUAAUUCAGCAAGAUCGAAAAAUAGAACUAACUAUAGAUAAUACAAAUGAAGAUUUCAAACAAAAAUAUAAUGAUCAAAAACGAGAAAUAAAAGAAAAUGAAAUAGAAGAAAUUGAUAUACAAUUAUUAAAUAAUGUAAAUAUAAAAGACGAAUUACUUAAAAAUAAUUAUAUAACAUUUGAACGAUUCGAUUCUUUGCAAGAUAAUAAUGUAAAUACAAAAUAUAAGGAAAAAAAUAUUACAAAUGAAUAUAAUGUAAACCAAAAUAAAAUAGAGAAUAAAGAUUUUGAAAUAAAACAUCCUAAAGAAGUCAUAAAACAUUUAGUACAAGAAAAUGAUGAUCUUCGUACUAUUCUUAAAUCUCAGAUGGAAGAAUAUCAAGAUAAAUUAAUAUUAAUGAAGAAAAAUUAUGAUAGUAGUUUAAAUGCUCUUUGUGAAAGACAUAAAGCAAAUAUUGAAAUUUUACAAAAACAAUUUGAAGAUGAUAUAAAAAAUGAAAAAGUGUUUGACUCAGAAAAUUGGUUAUUAUCAUUGAAUAUGAAAGAAUUAAGUGAAUUACAUGAACGAAUAAAUAUAAUUAUUAACAAUACCACUAAUAUAAUACACAUGGAAAAUGUAAAUCAAUGUUUGUCUGAUAAUGUUCAAGAGCAAUUUUAUACAAAAUUAAAUGAACCUGAAAAGAAAUUUCAAAUUUUAUCAAUGAAUGAAGAAGAAUCAAUGUAUAAUAAAAUGAUGUCAUCAAUUGUAAAGGAGAAAACUUCACAUUUACAAAAUCAAUGGCAAUUUAAAUCUUUCAAUGAUACUCAAAAGUAUCCAACUUUACAAACACAAGAUUAUAAAUUCAAUUUAGAACACAAUUUUGGAUACUUUAAUGGUGAAGAAAAAUCUCUAGAAUUAGAAAAUAAAUAUGAGAAAGAAAAACAAAUGGAAAAAGAUAGCACUUUUGAUAAACAAAGAUGGAGUUUUAUUAAUCAAUGUAGUGCUUACCAUAAAUUGAGCAAUAUACAUGAAUAUAUUAAAACAACAGAUUAAUAAUAUUAAAGUUUUCAAGAUAAAUUUUGUUAAUAUAUUUUAAA